AUGAUGCCUUCCAUUACAUUCAGAGACUCCUCCUCGAGCUUCAAGAACUCACCCUCAGUCCAAUCUUCUUCAAGAACAAGAAAAUUGGAAAAGAGAAGUUCCUACGGAUUGGGAAAGUUACGCUUUCAAAGAACACAUGGUAUGCUCGGGAUCUUCUCACUCCCAUCAGUGCUAUGGGCCCUCUACAUGGUUAAGACAACAACGGCCACAACAACCUUGGAUCUUACCACAAUUCUAUCGGUCAGCUUGGCAAUUCUUUCCACGGCAGCCUUGGCGAUCAGUGCCAUUCCAAUGCUCAAGCAGGUCCCCAAAUCGACCGUCAUUUCAAAACGAUGGAGGAUUAUUCCUCCACACAAGGAGGCUUUUCGUCGGACCGUUGCCAUUGUGGGGUAUUUGGAUCUGCGGCUCGCCAAUGAACUGUUCAAAAUAAUAUUAUUACCAGGAGAGCGGCGACAGCUAUCAGAGGAUUGGCAAUCGUGGUUUGCCAAGGGACUUUGCAUGUACUACUUGUGGUUCUUCUUUCCUCGAGGGUCAUUUGACAAUGGAAAUACUUGGGUAUUCGUCGUGCCAAUGUCAAUUGGUUUUGGGGUGGACGUUUAUCAUCAAUUAUCAUCAAAUUGGAUGCAUUGGAACGACUCGGUGGUGACGGUCGAGUAUUUACUCUUGACGUUACUUUCCUCCCAGAUUGUCGCCUUCAUGUUCACGCUUGGAUUCCGCGACAUUGUCCCCAUCCGAUACGGUUAUUGGAUUGCCGCCCUCGUCGUUUUCAUGUUGUGCGCUGGAAUGGGAGUCAACUACUCCUCUUCCAAUGUUAUGUCACACUAA